GGUGAAGGACAUUGGCAAUCUCGCCGAGACUCCCUCUCCAUUCUAGCCAUGGCUCGCGCCGUUUUCCUGCUGCUGCCAGUGCUCUGCACCUUGCUCCACUUCGGUGCUGCAGCUAGUGUUGCCGAUGCCGUGUGUGACUACUCUCAGUUUGGUUCCCUUAAUGCAAUGAUGAUGUAUCCCAACUUCGAGUGUUAUCCUGAGCAAUUUGACGUCACAGAAGUAGAGAAGAAGGCUAUCCUUGUCACCCACAACAAAAUGAGGAUGAAGAUAGCAAUGGGGUUCGAGGAGCGCGGCAGCCCAGGUCCCCAGCCUUCCGCUGCCAACAUGAAGGAACUGACGUGGGACAAUGAAUUAGCAGAACUGGCCCAGGCCUGGGCAAACCAGUGUUCCUUCUCCCACGAUGAUUACAAAUCGAGACAAACCUGCGCGCACUCUGCCAUUGGCCAAAACCUUCUCAUUAAAGACGUCACAGGCAAAAAAAUAUCAGACGCAAUAGAUUGGCCUCUCGUUGUCCAUGAAUGGUAUAACGAGGUGGUGUUCCAUCCCAAAUCUUGGGUGCAACAGUUCACAUCCUUGCACAACGGAAAAGACGCCAUCGGUCACUACACGCAGUUGGUGUGGGCUGACACUAAUAAGAUAGGAUGCGGCGCCGUACGGUUUGACAACCAGGCCCUCUUUGUGUGCAACUACGCGGCCGAGGGCAACCUGAAGGAACAGCCGGUGUAUCAGGAGGGAAAACCAGCCUCUGCUUGCACUGCCGGACCUUCCAGCUUCUACCCAGGACUUUGCAAAUAGUGUGAAAAAAUCACGGCUGUCUUCCCUCCCUCAUUCUUCACGAUGUGUCAAAGAAGUCGAUCGUAUAGCGCUUACCUGUUUUCCUGUAUAAUAACCUUAGAAUUUUGAGUAAAUACGAGUAACGAUUAUGUUCACUCUUGCCUUUUUUUUUUCUUUUAUUAGUAUUAUUCAAAAAAAUGACAUAUUGCAUUUAGAUUAUUAAGAUGAUGUGUAUAAUAUCAUAGAGACAGGUGACUUAACACCAUGAUCCACUGCCAGCACAUGCCGGCGAACCAAUGCGACAAGAAUUUCAGAAACAUUGGCGAGUGGCACACACUUCCUCAAUUGGUCGUGAAA